UCGAUCUCUCUAAUCGAUCGACACGUAGAGCUUUUCGUUGCCACUUACCGUAUGAAGGAGUGUGAACGUUACCCAAGGUGGCAUGUAAGCUCUGUCCUACAAUUUCCCCAGGAGGGCUCUCGUCAAUCCAAGGAUGGCGAGAACUUGGCGGAGCUGAUCAAGGUGGGACUCGAAGGUGGGGCUAAAAACAAGGAUGUCGUCGAGGUAGAUCACGACACAGACUUCGAGGAGGUUGUGAAAGAUGUGGUUCAUGGUGGAUUGGAAUGUGGCGGGGGCGUUGGUGAGACCGAAAGGCAUUACGAGAAACUCGUAGUGCCCAAAGUGGGAGCGGAAGGCGGUUUUGUGGUUAUCCUCCUCGCGGAUGCGGAUCUGGUGGAAGCGACUGCGGAGGUCGAUCUUGGUGAAGUAUUUGGCUCCAUAGAGGCGAUCAAGAAGUUCGGAUAUCCUGGGAAGCGGAUACUUGUUCUUGAUCGUGAUCCGGUUCAAGGUGUGGUAGUCCGUGCACAUGCGGAGUUCCGAGGUGUCGUUCUUCUUGACGAAGAAACAGCUGGUGCUGAAGGGGGAGGAGCUAGGCUUAAUGAAUCCUUUUUCAAGGAGUUCAUUGAGUUGGCGCUUCAUUUCUUUGGCCUCGGGGACAGAGAGCUGGUAUGGGGGGCUGCAAGGGGGGGAGUGGCCGGGCUCGAGAUCGAUGGUGUGGGAAACACCUCGGUGGGGAGGUAGUCCGGCGGGCAAGGAUUCGGGAAACACGUCUUUGAAUUUGGAUAGGAGGGCGGAGAUCU